AUGGAAGGCCACAAACACACAAACGGCUGGAAAGAGUUUGUGGAGGCACAUGAUUUUCGAAUCGGUGAAUUCAUUGUCUUUAGACACGAAGGAGACAUGUUGUUCCAUGUCAUUGCUUUAAGACCAAGUUGCUGUAAGAUCCAAUACGCAACGUCUCGUGCCUUUGAAGAAGACGACGAGAGUGAUGAAAUUGGGGAAUAUUCAAGAAAGAAAAAGAAAUUUGUGGAGAAUGUGAAAUCAGAAUCUGAUCACUCUUCAUCUGAUGAUCUCAGUAAUUUUAGCCAAUCUGUGCCGACUUCAAAUCUGUCAAGAGAUACAUUGGGCCUAGUUAUGGACGUGACAAGGGGGAGUAGUUGA